AUGUCAUCUCCCAACAUUCUCCAUCUCAACCAGUCUGGCCCCACUGAGUUUGUGUUCCGGGUGUUCACCACUUCCCCCAGGAUCCAGGCCCUCCUCUUCUGUUUCUUCCUUCUCCUCUAUGUGAUGAUCUUGUGUGGCAACACUACCAUCAUCUGCAUUGUGUGUACCCACAGCUCCUUGCACACCCCCAUGUACUUCUUCCUGUCUAACUUAUCCUUUCUGGAGAUCUGUUACACGACUACUGUGGUACCAUUGAUGCUUUCCAACAUCUUUGGGGCCCAGAAGCCCAUUCCAUUGGCUGGCUGUUCAGCUCAGAUGUUCAUAUUUCUUACUCUUGGGGGUGAUGAUUGUUUUCUAUUGGCUAUUAUGGCAUAUGACCGCUAUGUGGCCAUCUGUCAUCCCUUACAUUACACCCUAAUUAUGACCCAGAAGCGAUGUAUCCAGCUGGUGGUUGGUUCCUUGAGCCUAGCUCUUCUCCUUGAACUUCAGCUCACAGUACUUAUCUGUACUCUGCCAUUCUGUGGGCAUAUUCUGGAAAUCAACCACUUCCUGUGUGAUGCCCCACCUGUCCUACGCCUGGCCUGUGGGGAUAUCAAAAUGCACCAAGCCAUUCUAUUUAUGGUGGGUACCCUUGUGCUCACCGUCCCCUUCCUGCUCAUCUCCAUCUCCUACAUCUUCAUCGCCAACACCAUUCUACGUAUCCGGUCUGCUGAGGGACGUCGGCGUGCUUUUUCAACCUGCUCUUCACAUCUUUCUGUGGUGUUACUACAAUAUGGAUGUGCUAGUCUGGUCUACAUGCGUCCAAGGUCCAGUACCUCUGAGGAUGAGGAUCGGCAGCUCGCUUUGGUUUAUACUUUUGUCAUUCCUCUGCUCAACCCCCUCAUUUACACUCUACGGAACAAAGAUGUCAAAGAUGCACUGAAAAAAUCCAUGAAAUGCAAAAGAACUUCUGAAAUCCAAUAA